AUGUCUUCCUUUAUAGAGGAUGAUGACGCACCUCCAGACUUGGUGGAUGUCAUGGCGACGCCAGCAAACGAAUCUGUCUCUAUAGAGGAAGAGCCGACGAGUCGAGUCCCUAUCACUCUCGUCACAGGCUAUUUGGGAGCAGGAAAAACUACCCUGUUAAAGUACAUUCUGACCGAAAAACAUGGUAAAAAGAUUGCCGUGAUCAUGAAUGAAUUUGGUGACUCCUCGGACAUUGAAAAGCCUUUAACCGUCAACGAAGGCGGCCAAGAGGUCACUGAGUGGAUGGAAGUUGGCAAUGGCUGCAUUUGCUGCUCAGUCAAAGACUCUGGAGUCAUGGCCCUUGAAUCGCUUAUGGAACGCCGUGGCACAUUCGACUACAUUCUCCUAGAAACAACAGGCCUAGCUGAUCCAGGCAAUAUUGCCCCUGUCUUCUGGAUGGAUGAAGGUCUUGGCAGCUCUAUCUACCUCGACGGGAUCGUAACGCUGGUCGAUGCAAAGAACAUAAUCCGGCUCCUUGACGAGCCAGCCCCGGAAGAAAAAGCCGACUCCCAUAAAGAGAGCGCUAAUGACCGCGACAACAAGCAUGAGCACAAGCACUCAGGGCCAGUGCUAUCCAUGGCACAUAUGCAAAUUUCGCACGCGGAUGUGAUCGUCCUCAACAAGACGGAUCUAGUGACGGAAGAUGAACUUGAAGCCGUGAGGGACCGCAUUACAUCGAUUAACAGUGCGGCUAAAAUUCAUGUUACGGAUCAUAGUCGUACGCCGCAAAUUGAAGGUGUGGUGCUUGAUUUGCAUGCAUAUGAUCAUCUUGCAGAUUUGGAUUUUGGGAAAAAAGGGCAUAGUCAUAUGGAUCCCGCUAUUUCGACUGUUGCGAUCGUCACGCCACCUAUUCCCUCUAACCGUGUGGAGAAGGUCGACGAGUGGCUGCGAGAAGUUCUCUGGGAAUCGAUAUUACCUGUCUCCGGUGGAGAAGAUUCACGGUCAUGGCCAACAGAUUUUGAGAUCCAUCGCUUAAAGGGAAUAUUGGUGCUUGAGGAUGGCUCAAGUAAGAUCAUUCAGGCUGUGAGAGAUGUUUUUGAGAUUCGUGAUUCAGCGCCGCGCCAAGAUGAAGAUGAGGAUAAGAAGAUUCAGUGCAAAAUUGUGCUUAUUGGGAGAGGGUUGACAGCAAGUGGUGAUCCUUGGAGGAAGAGCUUUGAAGCAUUUGUACGGAGUUAA